CCCCCCGUCAAAGAAGCUUGCUUACACGCCUACGCGAAGAGGGGAAAUCGGAGGGAUGAAGGAGGUAUCCGACUAGGAGAAGCAGCCAAGAGGGCUGGCUGGCUGGCCGACAAGCGCAGAGACAUGAGAAAAUUUCCCUCAGCGGCAGCAGAGCGGGACAAGCUAUGCCUGAUCAACACACACACACACACACAUACACGGGCGACUGGGCUCCAGGGUGGAAAGGAUUCACCUGCCCGCAGGCACGAUCGAAGGACCGAACCCACGCAAGUUCUCUGCAGGGCAUGGCUACCAAAGUCUUGGCUCACCGACUCGAAGAGCCCAUGGAGCUGCCAUUGGAAACCCGGGGAGGCGAGGGCGAGAAGAGAGAGGGAAGAGUGAAAAAGCGUGAUUUCGUGCGGCAUCUCGCAGCUAUAAAAGACUGUUGCUCGCCCUCGCAUCAACUGCUAAUUCUCAAGCUCAAGCUC